AUGAACGCGGGCGUGGCGAGGAGGCAGGCCCUGGUGGCAGGGGGUGCUACGCGAGAGGAUCGCAGCGCCGCGGCGGUUGUCGCGGGGCAGGCUUCCUGGUCGGCGCACAGCGCAUACGUGCGCCGUGGGGCCCUGGCGCGGCUGCUUGCGCCUGCGCUUCGCCCUGCGGCGCUCGCUGCGGCCGCACAGACUGCAGCUGUCGCUGCGGAGUCUGCGGCAGCCGCCCAUCAGGGCGCGGCGGCGGCGGCGGCGCAGCAGGCUCGAGAGCGCCUGGCAUCU